AUGUCUGAAUGUCAGAGAGAAAAUCUGCUGCUAAAAAAAGACAAAGAAAAACAAACAAAACCAUGUCUCUUCUUGGUGACAUCUCAUGGCUGUAAGGUGACUGAGUUUGCGUGGAGCUUUGAAGAUAAGGCGGUGCAGAUUUCCAAGAAGAGGAAGUUUGUUGCUGACGGCAUAUUCGAAGCUGAACUGAACGAGUUUCUCAUUUGGGAGCUGGCUGAAGAUGGGUACUCUGGAGUUGAGGUCCGAGUUACACCAACCAGGACAGAAAUCAUUAUCUUGGCCACCAGGACAUACAAUGUUCUUGGUGAGAAGGGCGGGCGGAUCCGGGAAUUGACUGCUGUGGUUCAGAAGAGAUUUGGCUUCCCGGAGGGCAGUGUAGAGCUUUAUGCUGAAAAGGUGGCCACAAGAGGUCUGUGCGCCACUGCCCAGGCAGAGUCUCUGCGUUACAAAUUCCUAGGCGGCUGUGCUGUGUGGAGGGUCUGCUGUGGUGUGCUGCGGUUCAUCAUGGAGAGUGGGGCCGAAGGCUGCGAGGUCGUGGUGUCUGGGAGAGUCCCAGGACAGAGGGCUAAAUCCAUGAAGCUUGUGGAUGGCCUGAUGAUCCACAGCGGGGACCCUGCUAACUACUGUGUCGAUACUGCCGUGCGCCAUGUGCUGCUCAGCGGCGUGCUGGGCGUCGAGGUAAAGAUCAUGCUGCCUUGGGACCCAACUGGUAAGACUGGCCCUAAGAAGCCCCUGUCCGAUCACGUGAGCAUCGUGGAACCCAAAGACGAAAUACUGCCCACCACCCCCAUCUCCGAGCAGAAGGGUGGGAAGCCAGUGCCGCCUGCCGUGCCCCAGCCGGUACCCACAGCAUAAUAGGGUCUCCUUGGCCACUGGAUCUGCAGUCUGGAUGUUGCUCUAUAAAGACAUUUAAUAAAAUCUUUUUAAAAGAAAAAAAAAAAAA